AGCAAGCAAAACUCAAACUCGAAGGCAAAAGGAGCCGUGAAGUUGCGAGCAGCGAGUGAAGGAAGAAAAGAAGCUUGCUUUACUCUCGCGUGUUUGGCCGCGGACAAUUAGCCCGAAAAAGGCCGAGUGCUUGUGUGUUGGUCGAACCCGCGACCGGCGCCCGUAGAAAGAAAUCGCCUCUUUCGGGCCGAUUACAAAUCUCGGCAGGUUGCAGGUUGCUCUUCCCUUCAGUGCACCUGAGAGCGGGCACAGCUGAGACGCUAUGCCCGUGUGAGAUCGAGACGGAGAGAGACGCAAACAUAAAAAAAACAGUGCAUCGUUUUGGAAAUUUCUAGUGAGGAAAUUAUGCCGGGACUGAAAGAGUAGUGGCGACACAAUCAAUUCGUGCGAAAAUGACCAAGAAGAGGGUGGAUUUGUACCCCUUGCUGUUGGGUUUGCUGCUCUUCGGCUCGUCCUUUGCAUGGCAAGAAUUCCCCGACCAGGACACCAAACACAAAUCUGAGCCUCAAGCAGAAGGCCUAAAAUGCAGCGAGACGGAGUUCAAGUGCGCUGACGGCAAGAAGUGCAUCGCGCUGCGGUGGAAGUGCGACGGCAGUCCAGACUGCGAGGACGGUUCCGACGAGCCUCCCGAGUGCCACGUAACCCCUGCAGAAGCUCAGCGUAGACGAGGGGCCCAGGCGUGUGAGCCGAAGCAUUUUGAAUGCGCGUACACGCACAAGUGCAUUCCGUUUGGGUGGGUGUGCGACGGCGACGUCGACUGCAACAAGGGCAAAAUCAAAGACAAUUCGGACGAAGACCCCAUGAGAUGUCACAAUGAGGUCAGGUGUCCCCCGCACAUGACAAAGUGCGAGGACAAAGUCACUUGCAAACCCACCGCAGUUUUCUGCAAUGGACGCAGUGACUGUCCUGACGGCUCCGACGAAGGAGAAUUUUGCAGAAACACAGAGGCUUGUGAAAUAGCCAAGUGCAGCUACCAGUGCCGAAUGACUCGGCACGGCGCCGUUUGUUAUUGUCCUCUUGGACAGCAGCCAAAUGGCACCCGGUGCGAAGACGCAAACGAGUGCUUGAUGGAUGGCUCUUGCGAUCAGUUGUGCUCAAACACAGUCGGAUCGUACACUUGCAGCUGCGUAGCAGGCUACCAACUGCAGGGCACCCACUGCAAAGCUAUCAAUGUACCUGUGAAUACUGUACCAACUUUGGUGCUAGCAAGCAAAGACGAACUACUAGUGCGUCUGCAGUUGGACGGAACUGCAGUUCCUGGAAACAGUUCCCUGCCUGUCCAACACUUGUUCGGCAUGGACUUUGACCACCGAAACCGAACUUUGUGCUACAUCCACUCGUACAACAAGGCGCAGCUUGUUUGCGCCGACGUGAGCAACCUGGCACGCUCCUGGGCCCUUCCCUUGCCUCAGCUCUUCACUGAGGAGUGCAAACACCCAACCUGCAUUGCCACCACUAUUUCCGAAAUUGCCCUUGACUGGAUCAGCGGCAGUUGGUACCUGCUGGACGACACCAAAGAAAUUAUGUACCUGUGCAACAAUAAUCUGCUCUACUGCACCGUCCUAAUCGAUUACCAAAUCAGCAAGCCCAGGUCAAUUGCUUUGGACCCGACCAGAGGUGUCAUGUUCUUCACUAAGUGGGGUUUCACAAUACCUGCUCUGGAAAGAGCAAACUUAGACGGCACAUCCAGAGAGGUCAUCGUCGACAAUAAAAUUGUGUACCCCUAUGGAGUGGCAAUUGAUUUUCCCAAUCAGCAUGUAUAUUGGGUAGACUCAUUUUUGGCCCAAAUAGAGCGAGUGGACUAUGACGGAGGCAACCGAAAGUCAUUGAAAAAGGGCGCCACGCUGGAACAAAUUUAUGGGAUCUCGGUUUUUGAAAACAGCAUAUUUGUGUCUGUGUGGAAGACAAGAAAAAUUCUCGACAUAGAUAGAUUUGGUCUCCGAGAACCAAAGGAAGUCGCCACUUACAAUGAAGUCAGUAAAAUUCACGUUUACCACAGACAGAGGCAACCAGAUGUUGAUCACCCUUGCAAGUACAAAAAUGGAGGUUGUCAGCAAAUUUGUGUCACCUCGUGGAACAACUCCAAACCUUUUGCUCAGUGUUUGUGCCAGGAUGGUUUCAGGCUGACUAAGGGCGGAAAAUGCUUGGUCGCUAAGCAAACAGAGUUUUUGAUCUUCUCCAAAGGCAGACCUCCAGGCAUCAAAGGCAUAUCUAUCAACAACAAAGCAGUGGAGCAAGGAAUGAUCCCUAUCAGCAGUGUCUCCCGUCCAACUGCCAUUGACUACGACGUGCGCACCCAGUUCAUUUACUUCUCUGAUCCACCAAAAUACACUAUUGAGAGGCGGAAAUUAGACGGCUCCCAGAGAGAAGUAGUAAUUGACUCUGGAAUCAACAACUGUGAGGGAAUAGCAAUUGAUUGGAUGGCGAGGAACAUUUACUGGACCGACGACGCCCUCAAGCUGAUCAAAGUUGCCAAGCUAGACAACACAAGUGUCACCAAAACCUUAUUUCACGAAGAUCUUCACAAUCCCAGAGACAUUGUGGUUGAUCCUAAGAAAGGGUGGAUGUUUUGGUCGGAUUGGUCUGAAAGCCAGUCUUUAAAGCCUGGCAGAAUUGAAAAGGCGGCCAUGGAUGGCUCUCAGCGCCAAAUCUUUGUGAACAAGAACGUCAAGUGGCCCAGUGGGUUGACAAUAGACUACACUGGAAAGAAGUUAUACUGGUGUGAUGCCCACAAAAACGUUAUCGAAAGGAUCAAUCUGGAUGGCUUAAACCGAGAAGUAAUUCUUGAGGGCAACGAAUUGAAAAGUCCUUAUGGUCUGGCCUACUACAAUGACAUGCUCUUCUGGACAGAAAUGCAAAAUGGGUCUGUCAUCAAGUACUACAUGAACAACAAAACCCUCGAGAUCUUGGCUCUGAUGAACCCUCCUGUUUACAACAUCAUUCUUUACGACAACUCAUCUCAAGUUGGAAUUAAUGACUGCUCGGACAAUAACUACAACAAGUGUCCCGAGCUGUGUUUGUCCGCCCCUGAUGGCGCCGUGUGCUCCUGCAGGGACGGCUACAAGCACAACACAUCCAACCCUGUGUUUACUUGUGACAAGGACGAGACCUUUGUGCCGUAUGUCCGCUGUUUGGAGACGGACUUCCAGUGCACCAAAAACCUCAAGUGCAUUGAGAUGAAGUUCCUCUGUGAUGGUGACGAUGACUGCAAAGACGGCUCGGACGAAAACACUGAACCUGGUGGCGCUUGCUACAAUGUGACUUGUGGUCCAGACCAGUUUUCCUGUAACAAGCACUACUGCAUCGAGAAGCAGCGAAUGUGUGAUGGCAACACCGACUGCAUUGAUGGGGAAGACGAGGCAAACUGUCCAAAGAGCACCUCAGCAGACCUUCUUAAGUGUGGGGGCCGCCAAAUUCCCUCCAGCUGGCUGUGUGAUGGCGAGUCCGACUGUGACGAUGGCUCUGACGAAAUGAAUUGUGAGCCAAAGCCCUGUAACACCUUCGAGUUCCGCUGCAACAACUCCCACUGCAUUCCUGCCACACUGGUCUGCGAUGGCUACACAGACUGUCGGGAUAACAGUGAUGAGACCAACUGUGGAAAAGUGGAGUGUGAUCUCACAACCUCAUUUCUGUGUGGAAACGGAGCAAACUGUCUUCCUAAUUUCAUGAAGUGUGAUGGCAAGGCAGACUGCUUCGACGACUCUGAUGAAGUAAACUGCACCUACACAACAGGAGUCACGUAUCACCAUGGAGUUCCAACUCAAAUUCCAAAAUCUUGUGGUUAUUCCGAGUGGGGCUGCAACAACGGAGAUCAGUGCAUACCUCUAAAACUAGUCUGUGAUGGACAGGAGGACUGCAUGGAUGGAUCUGAUGAAAGAGAAACAAAAUGUGGCAAAAAACCCACCAAAGCUCCUACAACCCCCUCGCCUCCUACUUGUGAACCUCCCUCUCGACUCUGCGACAAUAGCACAAAAUGCAUAACUGUAGAUAGUCUGUGCAACAACGCCAAAGACUGUGAAGACGGAUCGGAUGAAGGACUUCGUUGUGAUGAGGACCAGUGCAGUCAUCGAAUCGACUGCAGCCACCUUUGCCACAACACUCCAGAAGGCUCCACUUGUUACUGCCCCACUAAUCUGCACCUACAGACAGACGGACUGACUUGCCUGCAAACCCAUCCUUGUGACAUGUGGGGCACCUGCUCCCAAAACUGCAUCAAAAUCGGAAAGAGACACAAGUGCAGUUGCGAGCCAGACUACAAUCUCCUCGCUGAUGGAUUCACUUGCCAGAGCACAGAUUCCGCCAUUCCUUAUGUGAUAUUUAGCAACCGCCACGAGAUCCGAGGAGUUGACUUGACGACUUUCCAAAUGCGGGCUUUGGUUUCAACCCUGAAAAAUACAAUAGCGCUCGAUUUCUUUCACUCAGACGAAGGAGACACAAUUUUUUGGACGGAUGUCAUUGAUGACAAAAUCUACCAGGGAACUUUAUCUGGAGGAUCGCUGAUCAACAUCAAGGCUGUGGUGAAGACCGGUCUGGCCACUGCGGAAGGCCUGGCAGUUGAUUGGAUUGGCCACAACCUGUACUGGGUGGAGAGCAACCUAGACCAGAUAGAAGUGGCCAAGCUGAACAGCAGCUUCAGGCGUACAUUGAUUGCCGGAGACAUGGAGUCACCAAGGGCCAUUGCUUUGGAUCCCAGAUUUGGAUAUUUGUUCUGGACUGAUUGGGAUGCCAAUGCACCUAGGAUUGAAAGGUGCAGCAUGAGUGGAGACGGUAGGAAGGAAAUAAUUCGAGUCGACAAGGUCACAGAUGGGGCUUGGCCAAAUGGUCUUACUCUCGAUUACGUCCUGCAGAGGAUUUACUGGAUUGAUGCCAAGUCUGAUUCAAUUCACACAACCACCUACGACGGAGGUGAUUAUCGAGAAGUGAUGAGAGGCCAUGAAACUCAAACUCACCCAUUCGCCAUUGCCCUGUUUGAAAAUUAUGUGUACUGGACAGACUGGAGAACCAAUUCAGUUAUCAGAGCCUCAAAGUGGAAUGGCUCUGACGUUAGUGUCAUUCAGCGCACGCUGACACAACCCUUUGAUAUACAGAUCUUGCACCCCAGUAGACAGCCUAAAGUGAAAAGUCCUUGUGGUGUGAAUAAUGGUGGUUGUUCUCACUUGUGCUUGCUGAACUUCAACCAGACUUACAAGUGUGCAUGCCCUCAUGUCAUGAAACUCGAUGAUGACCAAAAGACUUGCAAAGUUAAUGAAACCGUCCUACUUUUCUCUCGUCCGAAUGAGAUCCGAGGAGUAGACCUAAGUCUACCCUACUACCACACUAUACCAACCAUCAGUCUUCCUCAUGUGGUUUCACCCUCUGAAAUUGACUUCGUCUCUAAAAAUAGGCAGAUUUACUGGACAGACAUCCAAGUCAAUGAGGUGAAAAGAACCAGUCUCACUGGCAGCAUUCUUGAAGUCAUUAUUGACACAGCCAUUGAAAAUCCAAGCGGGCUGGCCAUUGAUUGGAUCUCGAGUAACAUGUUCAUAGGCUGGGGAACAGACAAAAGUGUUAUAAGUGCUUGCAAUUUGGAAGGAGAAUAUUUCACCAGGAUUGUAGAAAAUGACAUGUUUGAUUUGAAGUCAUUGGCUCUGGAUCCACUGAGAGGAGAUUUGUUCUGGAGCGCUAAAAAUUAUGAUUUUAAUGUUAUUGAAACCUCAAAAAUGGAUGGCAGUGGAAGGAAAAUCCUCACCUCUAAACCACGCGCAGACUCCAACUGGGCUCCAAAAAGCUUGAGUAUGGACCUUGAGGACCUGCGUUUGUACUGGGUUGAUUCUGAGCAAAAUGCAAUUGAAUACUAUGAUUUCAAGCUCUCAGAUGUUCGCAAAGUUCCUCUUCAGAGAAACGCCCAACCGAGUACUGUUGUAGUUUACCACAGCUCCAUUUAUUACUCCAACAACUUUGACGUGGCCAUUCGAGUGGCUGACAAGACAACAGCUGAAAAUGACAGAAUCCUUAGAAAGAAUACUGGACAAAUUCGAUCUUUGAGGAUUUACGACCCGACUUUGCAAAUUGGAGACAACUUGUGCUCUGUGAACAAGGGCAACUGCUCCCACCUUUGUUUGCCAGUGUCAUCUACACAGAGAACUUGUCACUGCGCCUCUGGCUACUCAGUGGACCCCUUGGACCAUACAAAGUGCAUUGGAGUGAAGGAAUUUAUUUUCUACUCGCUAAACUGGAAGAUCGUUGGCAUGUCUCUCGGGGACAAAAAUGUGACCAACGUCUUGGCCCCCAUCUCCAGAGUCUCCAUGGCCACCAGCAUUGACUUUCAUGCAGAUCUGGACUUGCUAUUUUGGGUGGACUCUGACCGGGGAAGCAUCACUAGCAUUAAGAGAGACGGAACGAACAGACACAAAGUGGUUGAGCACCAUGAGUCAGUAGAAAACAUUGCCAUUGACUGGAUUGCAGGUUUGGCAGUUGACUGGAUUGCAGGCAAUGUUUAUUGGACAGACCCAAAGUUCAGUGUGAUUGAAGUGGCUCGUCUGGACGGGUCAUACAGAUAUGUGGUCAUAAACGGUGACAUGCAGAGGCCACUUUCAAUUGCAGUGGACCCAGUGGCAGGAAUGUUGUUCUGGGUGGAUGGAGGAAGAAAUCCAAGAAUCGAAUCUGCCAAGCUCGAUGGAUCAAACAGGAGAAUCAUUGUUAACGAGAGCAUCAGUCACAUCAAUGACCUAGCCAUUGAUUAUGAAAGAAAAAAGUUGUACUGGUGUGACUCGGCCACAAACAAAAUUGAAAGGGUAAAUUAUGAUGGCACCAGAAGAAAAGUCUUGCUUGACUCCACUAGUUUGGACAAUCCUUUUGCCAUAUCGGUUUUCAACGACCAAAUUUAUUGGAUUGAUAUAACCCACGAUGGAGGAAGUCUAAAGCAGGCCCCUCUGACAAAUCUCUCCGACUACACACUUCUAAGAGAUGGUCUGGGUGAUUCGUUGAAAGACAUCCUCGUCUUCUCCAAACAGAAGCAAAAUGGCACCAACCCAUGCGCCACUGAAAAUGGUGGUUGUCAAGAGUUGUGUCUUUUCAAUGGUACUCAUCCUGUCUGCGCUUGUGCCCAUGGAAAAAUAACAGCAAAGGACGGAAAGACCUGUGAAGACUAUGACAGUUUCUUAAUGUACUCGAGGGUGUCCAAGAUUGACAGCAUCCACAUGUUUGACGAGUUCAAUCCAAACGCCCCAUUCCAAAGCAUUAAGUCGGCAGAAUUUAUGAGUAAUGCCAUUGGUCUGACCUACGACUACAAACGCCAGACCAUUUUCUACUCAGACAUUCAAAAGGCUAGCAUCAACAGCGUCUUUUUCAAUGGAUCUUCACACAAAGUUAUUUUAGAUAAACUUGGUGCUGUGGAGGGUUUGGCCUACGAAAAAUUCACAAACCAACUUUUCUGGACAUGCACAAAUGACGCCACCAUCAAUAGUUUCUUGCUUAAUUCUAAUGACUCCAAACCAAAUGUUGUGGUGCAGCUGGGAGUUUCUGGCAAACCUAGAGGAAUUUCACUGGAUGCCUGCAGCGAGAGAGUUUAUUGGACCAACUGGGAUGCACAGAGACCUGCAAUCCAGAGGUCUUACUUCCGAAGCAUUGGUGUUGAUUCAAUCAUCACCACCAACAUACGGAUGCCAAAUGCUAUCACUCUGGAUCAUAAGGAAAUCAAGUUGUACUGGGCAGAUGCCCGGAUGGACAAGCUCGAGAGAUGCGAGUAUGAUGGAAGCAACAGAAUGAUUUUGUCGAAAACCACCCCACAACAUCCAUUUGACAUUGCUGUAUAUGGAGGGUUUGUAUUCUGGACUGACUGGGUGACACAUGCUGUGAUGAGGGCCAACAAGUACACUGGCGAAGAGACAAUUACCCUUCGGAGGGAAGUACCCAGGCCUAUGGGAAUCAUUGCUGUUGCUGAAGACGCUGAUGACUGUACUGCUUCGUCGAGUCCAUGCCGGAAGUUAAAUGGUGGCUGUGAAGAUAUUUGCACCAUCAAGAAUGGUGUGGUGUCUUGCACUUGCAGGACUGGUCGGACGCUGGACGCUGAUGGCAAAAGAUGUGUGCCUAUCAGGAGCUCCUGUGAGGCCAAUCAUUUCCAGUGUAGCAAUGGAGGCUGUAUUCCUUUCAGACUUACCUGUGAUAGCUUCCCGCACUGCACUGAUCAAUCCGAUGAAGACCCCAGAUAUUGCAGCUCUAGAAAGUGUCCAGAUCAGUACUUCCAAUGUACAAACAAACGGUGUAUUGAGAACAAUUUGUUCUGCAACAACAAGAAUGAUUGUGGGGAUAACUCUGAUGAGUUCAACUGCACUUCUUGCCCAAAUGAUGGCUUCCGCUGCAAAAAUGGCACUUGUAUUAGGCGUCAGCUUGUUUGCGACAGAGAUGCUGACUGUCCGGACGCCAGUGACGAAAUGGGAUGUCCUCGUGUGGACUGCACAAACAAUGACAAGCAUUAUGAUUCAAACAAAGGGACAAGUGACCUAAGCCUAAUAAACUGCAACUUCACAACAGCUUGUAUUUACCCCAACUGGAUUUGUGACGGUGAAGAUGACUGCUGGGACAACACAGACGAAGAAAACUGUCCUCCAAAGCAUGUGCCACUGGAAUGCAGUCAAGGACAAUUUAAAUGUGAUAAUGGCAACUGCAUUGACAAGGCCUGGGUUUGUGAUGGUGAGAAUGAUUGCAACGAGGACAAGGUUCCAAGCUCUGACGAAAAAGGCUGCAAUGUAGAUAAGGAGCACUCUUGCAAAGAGGGUCAUUCCCGGUGCACAAGUGGUGAAUGCAUUCCCAGCAAGUUGUUCUGCAAUGGCAACCCUGACUGCAUUGACGGAUCUGACGAGGAAGGCAAUUGCAGGCCCUGUGACAGUGACCACUUCCAAUGUAAAAGUGGCAAGUGCAUUCCUAACUCGUGGUUGUGUGACGGUGACCCCGAUUGUCCAGACAAGGAGGACGAGUUGACCACAAGCUGUGAUGUCGAGUGCAACCCCUCUGACUUUGUCUGCAUUAACAAAAAGUGCAUUGCCAAAAAUUACUUCUGUGACGGUGAUGACGAUUGCGGCGACAAUUCUGACGAGCCUCAGGGUUGUGCUUCAGCCACAGGGUCCUGUGAAUCAAAUGAGUUCAACUGUGAGAACGAGCAGUGCAUUGCCCUCAGCCUUGUCUGCGAUGGACGCAAUGACUGCUACGACGGCUCUGACGAAUUCCCUAAUGUUUGUCAUAAUUUCACUAAAGAAGGGUGUUCCAAAGAUGAGUUCCUGUGUAAAAACAACAUCUGUCUGCAUGACAAUCUGGUUUGCAAUGGAGAGGAUGACUGUGGAGAUUUCAGUGAUGAAACUGAUUGCAACAUUGCUGAAUGCGUCAAUAAUGUCUGUGCCCACAUCUGUUUGGAGAAGAAAAUUGGGUACGAGUGUCUGUGCAACAAGGGUUACACUGUCAAUCCUUCAGACAAGAAUUUGUGCGUGGACAUCAAUGAGUGUGAGACGGAACACCCCUGUUCCCAGUUGUGCCGCAACACCUUGGGUUCGUACGCCUGUACGUGCACAGACCAGUACAUCCUAAAGCCCAAUGGCCACUCCUGCAAAGCUAACUCGACCGUGGAGCCUUCGUUGAUCUUCUCGAACAGGUACUACAUAAGGCAAACAGCUUUGAACGGAGAUAUUACUCUGCUGGCCACAAACCUGACCAGUGCAGUUGCCCUGGACUUCCACUGGAAAGAGCAGUGCAUUUACUGGUCGGACAUCACCAGUCAUGGCAGCAGCAUUAAGAGGAUGUGCAACGAAUCUGUUAUUGAGUUGUUGCCAACUGGGACGGUGAAGAACCCCGACGGUCUUGCUGUGGACUGGGUGGGUGAAAAUCUGUACUGGUGCGAUAAGAACACGGACACCAUCGAAGUUUCAAGGCUCGACGGCCGUUUCCGCCGGGUUUUAAUCAACACCGGGCUUCAAGAACCUAGGGCAAUUACAGUUGACCCUCGACAUGGUUAUAUGUACUGGACGGAUUGGGGCAAAAGUCCUCACAUUGGAAAGGCAGGCAUGGACGGUACCCACAGGAAGAACAUUGUGACUGACAACCUUGGGUGGCCUAACGCAUUGGUCAUCUCUUACGAGACCAACGAAAUUUUCUGGGCUGAUGCUGACAGGGAUUAUAUUGCAGUGGCUGAUUUGGAAGGUGCAAAUCGAAGAAUUGUCAUGAGCAGAGCUACGAAUAAGAAUUUGAAACUGCACCACGUCUUUGGCAUUACUGUGUUUGAGGACUACCUGUACUGGACAGAUUGGGAAUCAAAAACUGUGGAGGGGUGUCACAAGUACAAGGGUGAUAACUGCGUUGUUCUUGCCCAUCUGAUUCAUCGCCCAAUGGUCCUGCACGCCUACCACCCUUUUAGACAAAUGCCAGUGAAAGAAAAUCCUUGUGCAAACCUGAACUGCUCCACCCUGUGUCUACUGACGCCAGGCGGCGGCGCCCAGUGCGCUUGUCCAGAAAACUUUGUCCUGGACAAGAACAACAGGGACUGCAACGCCAACUGCACUUCGGCGCACUUCCAGUGUCCUAGCACUUACAAGUGCAUUCCCUUCUGGUGGCGAUGUGACACUCAGGACGACUGUGGAGACAGUUCAGACGAACCGGAGGAUUGCCCUAAGUUUACCUGUCUCCCAGGACAGUUUCAGUGUGACGAGAAUGUCUGCCAUCAUCCAUCCCAAAUCUGUAAUGGGCAAGCAGAUUGUAAUGAUGGAAAAGACGAGUUGGACUGUGAUAGAUACACUUGCCUGCCUAGCUACUUCAAGUGCCCGACGCAUGAAAAUGAGACGGCCAAGUGCAUUCCAGAUAGUAAAAAAUGUGACGGAGCUUUUGACUGUCCUGGGAAAGAAGAUGAAGCCGGUUGUGAUAAAAAAACUUGUGCAUCAAGUCAGUUCAAGUGUGACAACAACAAGUGCAUUCCUUCUAUUUGGUUGUGUGACAACGAGGAUGACUGUGGUGAUAAGUCUGACGAGCAUGUGAAUUGCACUGUACGGACCUGCACCGAGGAUCAGUUCCGUUGCAACACUGGUCGCUGCAUCCCGCUAAUGUGGCAUUGCGAUGGUGACUACGACUGCCAGGACAAAGAUGACGAGCCAGACCUGUGCAACAAUGAAAAGUUCCACUCUUGCCAGCCAUCUUACUUCAGAUGCAAAAACAACAAGUGCAUUCCUGGGAGACACAGGUGUGACUAUGACAACGACUGCGGGGACAACUCAGACGAGGAAAAUUGUACCCUGAGGAACUGCAGCGAAUCUGAGUUCAAAUGCACUGACGGCCACUGCAUCAAGGGUGAUCUCAGGUGCAAUGGGGAGUUCAAUUGCCCUGACCAGAGUGACGAGCACAACUGUACGGUCACUUGUGCAGACACCGAGUUCAAAUGCGAGUCCCGCGCUAUUUGCAUUCAAUUGGAAUGGAAGUGUGAUGGUGAGUCAGACUGCGUUGAUGGCUCGGACGAGAAGAACUGCAACUUGACCUGUCCUGAGUUCAUGUGCCAAAAUGGAAACUGCAUUGCGCAUUCAUGGAGGUGCGAUGGAGACGACGACUGUGGAGACAACUCUGACGAGGACAAAGCAAAGUGCGCCACUUCUUCGUGUGAGCCUGGAAAGUUUAGGUGCCAAAACCAUGUUUGCAUUCCCUACGUGAAUGUUUGUGACGCUGUGGACAAUUGUGGGGACAGGUCUGACGAAAGUGAAAAUGCCUGUCAAAGAGUGGCCACAAGCUGUGAAAACCAGCGUUCUCAGUUCCAAUGCCGAAACGGACUGUGCAUCGAAGAAACAUUCAAAUGCAACAACAUGAAUGACUGUGGGGACAACAGUGAUGAGGAGGACUGCAGCAACAUUGGCCCAUGUGUGUUUGGCGCCUGCUCUCAAAUCUGUAAUAAGAAAAAGGGACAGAAUUUUACCUGCCAGUGUGCACCAGGCUUUUCCAUUGGCUGGGACAAAUCCAAAACUUGCAAGGCUGAAGGUCAAAGUGCAUAUUUGAUGGUGGCAAGCGAUUCGGAGCUGAGGAGGGUUAAUCCGUACAAAGGAUCAGAGAUUUCUCAGUUCCUUGACAAGGCAGAGGCACCAUUCAAAGUUGAGUCGGUGGACAUUUUGUUUUAUAGCCACGAGUCCAUAAACGUCUUCUGGACAGACCACCACACCAAAGUGAUCCAAAGCCUUGCCCUGCCAGUCAAGAACAGGGUAAAGCGGGAAGGACCGAAAACAAUUAUUUCUGGUUUGCAAGACCCCAGAGGCCUGUCAGUCGAUUGGGUAAACAUGAAGCUGUACUUUGUGGACGCAGGCUCUGAUGAGAUCAGCGUUGCCACUAUGGAUGGGACUCAGAAGAAGGUGCUCAUCAACACCCAACUCGAUCAACCCCAUGACAUCAGGGUUGACCCUGAAUCAGGGUGGAUGUAUUGGUCUGAUUGGGGACAAAAGCCUCGAAUUGAAACCGCCAGGAUGGACGGUUCAGACAGGAGAACUCUAGUGGACAAAAUGGUGCAGUGGCCAACUGGUCUGGCUAUUGAUUACCCUUCCAGGAGGUUGUACUGGACGGACCCAAAAGCAUUGACAGUCAGUAGUGUUGACCUCGAAGGAAAGGACAGGCACGAAAUCAAGAAAUUCUCUCUAGAGGACAAGCCAUACAAAAUUGAGGUGUUUGAGGAUUCUUUGUACAUCAGCACCUACAGGACAAAUAACAUCAUGAAAAUGAACAAGUUUGGCCUUGGAAAUUGGACCUAUCUGGUGAAAGGCUUACACAGAGCAUCAGACAUUCUUAUCAUUCAGGAGCACAAGCAGAAAGGAAAUUUGUCCAACCCUUGCAAUCAUGACCUCUGCGCUGAGGAAGCCAUGUGCCUGGUGCGCUCUCGAACGCAGCACCGCUGCAUGUGUCCCGAAGGAAUGACCGAAGUGAAGAGGAGCCAAAGUGUGACAGGCGUUUCUUCCAUCGCAUGCCGCCCUGCAGACCGCACCACCCCAGCACCGCCAAAGUGCCCUCUAAACUGCCACAAGGGCGAGUGUGUGUCCACCCCGAGCGGCUUUGCCUGCGAGUGCAACCCCUUGUAUGAGGGCAAGUUGUGUGACAAGUACCGUUGCUCGCAGUACUGCAAGAACAAGGGCUUCUGUGUUGUAGAUGUCACUGCUGUCACUGCACCCAACGAACAAAAACCAAUCAAGUGUCACUGUGGUUCAAACUUCAAAGGCGAUCGGUGCGAAACACCUGUCAACUUUUGUGAGGGCAAUUGCUUCAACGGCGGUUCCUGCCGUUUCAACUCUGAAGCCAACGUCGAGAAUUUGAUCGGGAGUUGCUCUUGUCCAACUGGAUUUUCAGGCAAAUUCUGUGAAAUCUGCGCAGACAGGAAGUGUCUUAACCAUGGCACUUGCCAUGUCAACAUCACAACUGGCUUGAGUCAAUGCAAUUGCACAACUGGCCACUCGGGUGCCUUCUGCGAGAGUUCAACUUGUCUAACUGCAGAGGGGAAAAACUACUGCUUCCAAGGUGAUUGUGUCAUCACUGCUCACGGGCCCAAGUGCAACUGCCCUCAAGGUAUUUCCGGAAAGCGGUGCGAAAAUGACGUUUGCAGCAACCACUGCAUGCAUGGAGGCACUUGCAGAAUUUUGCCAAAUACAAUGCAGCACUGUGUGUGUCCAGAGCGCUAUUCGGGCAAACGCUGCGAAGUCGACCUGUGCAAAACUAAGCAGAUGCGGCUCGAACUUUGCACAGGCUCAGUGGACAGGUGUCCGCAUCUGCCAUGCCGCAACGGCGGAAGUUGCGUCGAGAUCCGUGACUCGGCGGUCUGCAGGUGUCCCUCGACCUGGGUGGGUACCGACUGCGGCCUCUACGUCUCGUACAAGGACAACGCGUGCGUCAACUACUGCCACCACGAUGGUGUGUGCGUCCUGGACGCGCCGGACGCUCAGCCCAUCUGUCGGUGCUUGGACGGCUGGACGGGCCCACGCUGUGACAACAAGGCCACCUGCCGGAACUUCUGCUUCAAUGGCGCCACCUGCCAGGAGCCUGAAGACUCCGACCUCAAGCCAGUCUGCAUCUGUCCCCCUGACUUCCAAGGCCUCCGGUGUGAGACGCACAACCAAUUUGCAGGCCACAAUAAGGACUCGAUUUCAGGCAAAGACACCUCGUCAGCACUGCUGGUUGUGCUGCUGAUAGGAUUCCUGUUCCUUUUGGCCCUUGCCACUGGAGGGGUUAUCUACUUCAUGUACAGGCGGCGCCUCGGGGGAGGGAAGCCCUUUGCCCACGUCCGCAUGCAAGACAACGUUGAGAUCACAAACCCCAUUUACUUGAGAGAGGACGACGGCGACGACCCUCUCGAGCACAGCUUCAGCUUGGACUCCGACAAGGCCUCUAACUUUGGCAACCCAGUUUACGAGUGCAUGUACAACGACAACAGCGUGCCACUGGUGUCCGAAGAAAAGACAGGUCUGCUGCAGACGGACAAACUGAGCAAGAGCCCUGGCACUACCUCUGAUGGGGCGGACUCGGCCUAAAAGUGGAAUAAUUUCUGAUUUUUUGCAUUUGAAUCUCGUCCGAUAGCUGUGAGAAUGUUUGAUGAUAAUUUUAACUCGUGAUGGUGAUAUUGCGCUUUGUGGUUGCAAGCAAUUAGAACAAGGGAACUCUCACACAGUUACCUGCUGCUCAUUUUUUUUUAAACUAUGAUUUUUCAAAUUGAGUGCUAAGCGCUCAGAUCGAAAAGAAAGGGUGCCAAUAUAGUUACACUUACAAAUGCAUUUACAUUGUCUCUUGCCCUCCAAUUGUGAAUCAUCUUUUCUCCACUUGUAUGUUUUUGUUUUAUAUACAUAUAAAUAAGAAGUAGCUGUGAUGCGAGUCAACCCUAAUUACACACGUGAGACUGACUCAUUACUAAAACCAAUAACGCAUUCAAAAUCAGACACGUAACAAUCCAUCCAUCGGUAGGAAGAUUUCUCUUGACUAACAACCUUAAUAUGAAAUUUUUAUUAAAUUCUUUCUAUGAUUAGAAAAUAUGCAAUGAAAUGGAUUGGUGUACAUUUUCAAAAUUUUGUAUAAAACUUGUGUAAAUUGUUGUGCUAUAAGAUGAGAAGGAAUGGAAAGAAACGUUAGACUACCACUGUAAAUGUUAUGGUUGCAAUAAAAUGUCAAUAUUACAGCCUGGAAAAAAUGCUGAUGGAAACCUUCAGUGAUACAGUCUUGCAUUUCAGCAUUUUCAACCUGCUGUAUUUUAUAUCUAUGUAUA